AUGACAAAACUUGAACCCUAUUUUCAGUACUACCGAGAGAUAACGGCGUCAUACGUCUCUGACGCCUUCCCACCAGACGAGGUUCAAGCGUUGCGGUCGCAUGAUGAUCUACAUGAUAUUAUCGUGUUGAUCCGGUCCAAACCAGAGGCUCGGUUACAGGAAUUGACGGAAGAAUACUUUUUGAAGAGACAAGAAGACAAGAGCACCGUGCCGGAAGACGAGAAGCAGGCCUUCAGUCUUGCCCUCAGGGCUAUCAUGAUGGUCAGCUGCUCGUGCGAGGGACAAGCUGGUGGCAGCGAGUCCAGUAUCUGGAAAAACGAGCAAUCUGCGCGGAAGCUGGUAUUAACUAUGUUCCCAGUGAGGGACCAUCCCGACCUCAACGAGCCUGACGACUCCUUACCCGAUAUCAUGUCGGCUCUAAAAGCAACAAGGCUCAAGAAAGUCGCUGGAGUGUCGUUCCGAGGCACAGAUGAUCUUCGAAACCACCUUCGGCUGGAUCCCAAGACUGGAAUCAUAGAGCUCUAUCACCACACUGCCUUUCUGAAGGAGUGCCUCAAAGCAUCCAAGGAGGCUGAUGUGGAGUAA